AUGGUUAAAUGCGUUUUCUCACUUAAAGCUCAAAUGCGAGAAUAUCUCGGAAUGAAUUAUGUUGAUUGUUAUUGCUAUAAGUUAUUACAACAAUUCCCCAAACUCCUAUUUACUCACAGCAGUGUUCAGUUUUUUGUAGACACCCCCAGCAAGAUGUCAGCUUUAACAAUUCCUCAAUGCUUUUAA